CCGUAGCUAGCGCACAUGUUGUAGCAGAGGGAACGGACCAAUGAAUCAAGGGCAGGUAGGUGUGCUUCUUUCCUAACUCAGCGAGCAGGAGAGAGUUGUUGUUGUGUGAGAGGUGGGAGAAGAGACCCCCCCGCUACUACUACUACUGUACUUACACCUCGGCGCCCACCCACCCACACAUAUGACGAUGCUUGCUUGGAGACAACCCCGCCAAAAACAGCAGAAACCCACAUCUAGGUAGUCUGGGGAACAACAACCACGGGUAGCACAUUCGCAUUCAUUCGUUUCCCCUCUUCUCCCAUUCUGUUUUCCUUUUAGACCAACUUUGAAAGCGAGCACUUGAUCAUCCAAAAUACCUUCGUUCCAUCCCCCCCCAUCAUCAAUCAUGUCGAAAGAACUAUCAGCCGGAGAGAAGGCCGCCUUCGCCGCCAACCCAGCUUUCGAGAAAGCUGCUCAGCGCGAGUCCAAGCAGCUCACCAAGAAGCCCGACAACGACGAGUUGCUUGCACUCUAUGGUCUCUACAAGGUUGCCUGCGGCGAAGAUGUCACAGAGUACCAAAAGGGCCCCAAGGCCCCCGGCAUGUUCGACCUAAAGGGCAAGGCCAAGCUGAGGGCCUGGGAGGGCUAUGUAGCAGAGGGCAUCUCCGCCGAGGAAGCUCAGAAGCGGUACAUCGAGAAGGUCGAGGAGCUGAAGAACAAGUACGGCUUCGACCCGGCCAAGGAGCCCGAGGUCGUCGGCAGCUAGAUGUUGUUGGCCUUGUCCCUCAUUCUGCUCGUCCUUUCGGCCUUGUGGCUAUUCAUUGGCAUAUCCAUAAUACGGACGCAUGAACUGCCCGAUCUCUUGAUACAGACCAAUGAAUACGAAAGUCCACCUAGAACACUGCCCCCUUUUUAGCUGCCCUAUUUGCUCAUGUUCCUCUCGAGAUGAUACACAUGCACGCAUGCAUUCAGAGAUGUUUGUCAGAC